CCUACUGCCAUUUUGUAGUAGAGAUCAGAGGAGGGAACGCGGCACACGUUGUUCUAUAGAUGAAUAAAACGACUCCAGUAUAAGGGAUUUGAAUUAAACUCGAAGCACGAUGCUUUCUGCAGCCCAGUUACUCGAUGAGUUAAUGGGCCGGGACCGGAACUUGGCUCCGGAUGAAAAGCGUUGUAAUGUGCGCUGGGAUGACGAGACUGUGUGCAGGUACUACCUGUGUGGCUUUUGCCCUGCAGAGCUGUUUACCAAUACCCGAUCUGACUUGGGUCCUUGCGAAAAAAUCCAUGAUGAAAACUUGAGGAAAUUAUAUGAGAAGAGUUCCCGCUUUAUGAAGGAAGGAUAUGAGAGAGACUUCCUGAGAUACUUGCAGAGUCUCCUGGCUGAGGUGGAGCGCAGAAUUCGCAGGGGUCACGCACGUUUGGCGCUGUCACAAGCCCAGCAGAACGCUGGGUUGCCAGGUCCAGUGGGGAAGAACGAGGAGAAGGCUCAGGUUCUCACAGAGAAGAUUGAAGAACUUGUUGUUCAGAUUGAGGAGCUGGGCUCAGAGGGCCGUGUUGAGGAGGCGCAGGGUAUGAUGAAGCUGGUGGAGCAGCUGAAGGAUGAGAGGGAGGAGCUCAGUUCCACACCUUCAACUAUUGAGAGCUUUGCGGCUCAGGAGAAGCAGAUGGAGGUGUGUGAAGUGUGUGGUGCUUUCCUCAUAGUUGGUGAUGCUCAAUCCAGAGUGGACGAUCAUCUAAUGGGCAAGCAGCACAUGGGUUAUGCCAAAAUUAAAUCCACUGUAGAGGAACUUAAGGAAAAACUACACCGGCGCUCCGAAGACCCCGAGAAGGAGGACAGAGGAAAGAAGGAGAAGGAGGACCGAGAGCGCGAAAGAGAAGAACGCGAAAAAAAACGCAAAGAGGAGGAAGAGGAGAAAGAGAAAGAGCGUGAAAAGGAGAAGGAGAGAGAGCGCGAGAAAGAGAGGGAACGCGAGCGGGAAAGAGAUCGCGACAGGGAACGAGAACGAGAUAGACGCGGGAGGCGGAGUCACUCCAACAGUAGACACUCUAGCAGAGCGUCAGACCGCCGCAGGAGCCGUUCACGAGAGAGGAGGAGGUCGUCCCGGAGUAAAGACCGUGAAAGGAAGCGCAGCAGGAGCCGUGACCGUGAGAGGAAGCGCAGUCGGGAUCUCUCGGACAGGAAGCGUCGCUCUCGGAGCAGAGAGAAGAGGAGAUCUCGCAGCUCUGAGCGCAGGAGUCACAGACACCGAAGCAGCAGCAGAGACCGAGAACGAGAGAGAGACAAAGGAGACAAAGACAAGGACAAAACUUCUAAGGACAAAGGGCACAAGGACUCCUCAGAUGAGAAAAAGAGCAACGGAAAGGGCUCGGCUGAGAAGUCCAGCGAGCUCUCCAAGCUCGAGCCCAUGGAGGUUGAGCCUCCCAAAGCGGAGGUGAACGGCACUGCUGAAGAACUUCAUUGUGAAGGUGACACACAGUCCAAUUAAAACUGAUCUGAUAGGACCUCAGAUCAGCCCCAGGUAAGUGCACCGUCCCCCCGCCCCGGGUCUCUCCCCCUCUCCCCUUCCCCCCUUUUUCUUUCAGUUCUGUCUGUGAUUUUUCUUCCUGUUUUUUAAUAGUGCAUCGUAAGUAUGCACUGAAGAUGGAGACUAGGCCGAUGAAACGGAAGAAAGUAGAAUGAAACAAACCCAGAGGGAAAGGCCAGUGUAGUCCUGAAAAACAUGCCUGGAGGUACCUCGUUUUGUAUCGGUCAUACAUCUGUCUCUUUAGACAAGUUCUCUUCCAAAUUUACGUGUUUAUUGAUUAAUUUUUUUCAAUCAAAUCCAAUUUUUCCUAACUCUGCCUUUCCUAGCUAAAUCUGUUUGCUUUGUGCUCGCACUGAGAAUAAAUUGGUAGAUGAAACUUUCUCUGUUGCACUUAAAAUGAUUGUGUGCGCUCAUGUGUGUACAUGCAUAAGCGCACAUCAUUUUGCCUUGUGAUCUCUGUAAGGUGUUCCUAAGAGGUCACUGAACUGCAAUGAGUACUGAUUUUGUUGGAGUUACAUGGAUAUGUUGCACUUUUAAUACGUCUGUUCUUAAAGUUGAGACCCGAUAGCAUUGGGCUGAUGGAAGUGUAGGGUUAAUGAAUUAUUGCAGCUGACUUCCGCACCUCACACAGCGUUGGUGUCGCGAGCGACCCUCAUGAAAAGCCCAUUUAAAAAUCAAGGAUUCUGUCAAUCUAUACAGGUACUCACCCAAGGUACUCCUUUCACUACCCACAUCCAUUUGAAUGCUGUUGCCUGUCUUUACCCUAUCUCUCUUUUCCCAGUUUUAAAUGUCUUUGGUUUUGCUUUCUGUUGGUUUCAAGGGCCAAUGGUUUACUCUGCACCUUAACGGGUGGAUGUAAUGUGUCAGAUUUACAGACGCGCCUGAUUGAGACAGUUACUUGCCAAACCUCAAAAUGGUCCUUUCUCCUUGUUUGUGUUGCUUUUUUGCCUGUUUAGUAAGGAGUUAUAGGUCCGAAUUAGAGCUGGCCGAUAUAACGACGGCAAUUCCAACUUUUCCGGACAUGUUCUGCUUUCGGAUAUCUUUUUUUGGUCUAUAUUGGUUAAUGGCCAUUGCAAAUAUAUCUUUAUAUAAAAAGAAGCUAACGGGAUAUACCGUUUUUUUACUAAAACGUUUUCAUACCCUGGUAGUGGGUCAAACUAUUCGUUCUGAAUUGAUCAGUUGAAAUCAACCAUUUGGUCUGAUUCACCCAAAUUGAUCUUGCACUAUUCCUUCUGCUGUUUUUCCUACUGAGGUUCAACGGGACAGUUCACCCAAAAAUUCUAAUUCUGUCAACAUUUACUCACGCUCAUGUCUUUCAAAACCUGCCGUUUUUCUGCAGCACAUGAAAGAAGAUAUUUUGAUGUGUGUCAGUGGUUUUGUCCAAACAAUGGAAAUCAAUGGGGGCCAUUGUUGUUUUGUUCUGUAAAAAGUCAUACAGGUUGAAAAUGACAUGAGGGUUAAUAAAUGGAGAAUUUUUUUUGUGGUGACCUAUCCAGUUAACUUUCCUCAUUAUCGCUAUCUUUGUUGCUUACAGGUCAUUUUACGUGGGUUGAAGUCAAAUGACACGCAAUUUUUAUAUUACACGCAAAAUCUUGUAGUGUCAGUAUGAAGUGAAUAUUUAAUAUGUCGUCCGGCCCUAGUCUAAUUAACUAAUGCAGGUGUUUAUUUCAGGUCAACUUUAUUAUCUCUUUUUGAUUAAAUUUCCUAUUUGUCUUAUCCUCAAGAUAGCAGUGCAUGCUUUCAGAAAAAGAUCAGUUAUUCAGAGUCUCAGUCAGGUCACAGAUAAAAGGGGAUUUGAAUUCUUCAAAGAAAUACUCCAGUUCUGUUUGUUUGCUUUCCUUUGUUUGUACUUGUGCAAUAAAAUAUGUUAUAGGUAAAAAUGAAUGUGCAUUUAAGAUAAUGAAUCACAACAUAAGACUGUUUAUUGGUCAAACUGCGUCAUUUAUUGAAACAAAUGUGAUUUCACAUUUGUCUUUUCACUAGUCAUUUAAAACGGUCCUGGAAUUGUUUAAAAAAGAAAACCGUAUUGUUUUCCAUGUAUUUGAAAUAUUUUUUUGGAUGUGCCAUGAAUUUAGUUUCACACACUAAUCCAGUUCUCUCUGACCAUUUGUGUACAUCAGGGGAAGUUGGACAGCUGGAAGAGAAAGACCUGAAGACUUUCAUCCCGCAACACAUCUCCGCUUCUUUAAACAAGGUGAACCACAGACGUAGUGGUCUAUUACGCUAAAAUUAUAAAGAUGUACAGAUGUAAAAUGGUUCUGUGUCCCUUUUCAACGUUUCGAGACGACCUCUCAUGUUAUUUUAAUCAUGUUUGUUUGGUUUUCUAUGCUUUGGUCUUACUGCUAUAAACCCAUAGAUGCAGGUCCACCCUUGUUUCUGUUAGUGUGCAUUCAGAAUGAAUAAACAACAUUGUGGCAUGUUUGCUAUGUACAGUCCGCUCUCAAGUAAAAACUAUUGACGGUUGGUUUUGUUGAGUAUUUUGACUGGAAGCCUGAAAGGUCUCUUAACUGCUUAUUUCCCCUCUGUAUGCUAAAUCCCAAAUCUUUAUACAAUUUUAGUUUAGAGAAAUACAUUUUCAUUUUGUUCCAGUUUUAAAAUCUGUAUUUGUCUCCAAUAAAAUGAAAAAAAUAAA